AUGUUGGCAUUGAGCUUUCCACAUUAUCUGAUGGAAGCCUUUUUGCUUUCUUUGUCUGCUUUGAGUCUGGAUUCUGCUGGAAGUACCAGCUCAAGGAAUGGUUAUACUAAACGACCACCGGGGCCUCCAGGAUGGCCGAUUGUUGGCAAUAUAUUUGAUAUAGGAACAACGCCUCACGAGUCCUUCGACAAACUUCGACUUCAAUAUGGACCCGUUCUUUGGCUCAAGCUAGGUCCAUUGAACACCAUGGUCAUACAGUCUGCCAAGGCUGCCGCCGUACUAUUCAAGAACCACGAUCUUUCUUUCGCUGACCGCAAGGAUAAUGAGGCAAUAAAGGCCUUCGGCUACAGCGAAAGUGCAAUGUCUGUGACCAAGUAUGGUGCCUACUGGCGCAUACUGCGUCGACUCUACACAAUGGAGCUAUUCAUCAACAAAAGAAUCCAUGAGUCGGCUCCAAUUAGACAAAAGUGCAUUGACAAUAUGAUGGAGUGGAUAGAGGAAGAAGCAGUAGCGUCUCGUGGUCGUGGAGGAUCAGGGGAAGUGGAACUAAUUAAGUUCACUUACCUCAUGGCUUUUAAUGUGGUUAGCAACCUCAUAUUUUCAAGGGAAAUGAAGUCCGAGGAAAGACGGGAGUUAUUCGAAGGCAUGAACAAGUUCGUGGAAUGGGCCAUGAAGCCUAAUUUGGCAGAUCUUGUGCCAUUUUUGAAAUGGCUCGACCCACAAAGGAUCAAGAAGAAUAUGGUUCGAGACAUGGGACGAUUGAUGAAAGUUAUCACAGGGUUUGUCAACGAAAGGGUUCAUGAGAAGCAAUUAGGAAGAGAGAAUGUGAAAAAAGACUUCUUAGAUGUGUUGUUAGAGUACGAAGGUGACGGAAAAGAAGGACCUCAUAAGUUUUCAGAGACAAACGUGAACAUCCUCAUUCUGGUAACAUAUUAG